AUGAAGUUCAUGAAACUUGGGACAAAGGCAGAUACAUUCUACACUGAACAAGCUACAAGGACUCUGAUAUCAGAGAUAGCUGCAGACCUUGUGAUACAAAUCAAUGAUAUCACUUAUCUGUUACACAAGUUUCCGCUUCUUCCCAAAUGUGGCCUCCUACAAAGGCUUUGCUAUGACAGUAGUGAUUCGGAGAGUGUCUCUCUGGAGCUUCAUGAUAUACCUGGAGGAGAAGAUGCUUUCGAACUGUGUGCCAAGUUUUGUUACGGAAUAGCAAUCAACAUAAGUGCCCAUAACUUUGUAUCCGCUCUCUGUGCUGCCAAGUUCCUUAGAAUGAACGAUUCCAUUGAGAAGGGAAACUUCGUAGGAAAACUUGAGUCUUUCUUCAAUUCAUGCAUUCUUGAAGGUUGGAAGGAUUCCAUUGCAACGCUUCAAACUACUGCUACGUUGCCAGAGUGGUCUGAGAAUCUUGGUAUUGUCAGAAAGUGCAUUGAUUCAAUUAUUGAGAAAAUUCUCACACCCCCUCCACAGGUCAAAUGGUCCUACACAUACACCAGGCCAGGUUACACAAGAAAACAGCACCAUUCUGUGCCAAAGGAUUGGUGGACGGAGGAUGUUUCUGAUCUUGACAUAGAUCUUUUCAGGUGCAUAGUAAUGGCUAUUAGAUCAACAUAUGUACUCCCUCCGCAGCUUAUUGGAGAAGCUUUGCAUGUCUAUGCCUGCCGUUGGCUACCAGGCAUCACAAAGCUUAAAAGCUCUGGCAGUUCAGCGUCUCAAACAGGAGAAUCUAAGGAGAAAAACAGAAAAAUUCUUGAAACAAUUGUAAGCAUGAUUCCUGCAGAUAGAGGGUCUGUUUCGGUUGGCUUCUUGUUUAGGCUUCUCAGCAUUUUAAUUCACCUUGGUGUCUCCUCGGUGACCAAAACAGAACUCAUAAGGAGAGCCAGCUUGCAGUUUGAGGAGGCAACAGUGAGUGACUUGCUUUACCCUUCAACAUCCUCUUCUGACCAGAACUAUUAUGAUACAGAGUUAGUGCAAGCAGUGUUGGAAAGUUUCUUGAAGCUUUGGAAACGAAUGUCCCCAGGAGCUGUGGAUAACAGCUACUUUUUGAGAUCAAUCAGAAAUGUUGGCAAGCUCAUUGAUUCCUAUCUUCAAGUGGUCGCAAGGGAUGAUAACAUGCAAGUUUCAAAGUUUGUGUCUCUUGCUGAAACUGUGCCCAGUAUUGCCCGAGAUGACCAUAAUGAUCUGUACCAAGCAAUUAACAUCUAUCUUAAGGUGAAGUACCCAUACCUCACAUGUAUUCACCUUUUAAUCUUCGCCGUCCCUUGCUUCAUAGUUUCACAAUUGCACGUGAAGAAUAAAUGA